GUUCGCUCCUUUUCCGCCCGACGCCGGCUCCGGUGCACAUGGCCCGAUAGUAGCGCCAAGGCCCCGGAUUGUCGUGUGGACCAAGCCCAGAGCGGAGAUAACAUCACGGCGGAGCGGAGGUGACGGAGACAGAGGAGGGGAUGCACGGGCCGGAAGAGCUCGCCGCUAUGGAGGACGAGGAGGGCACCGGGGAGGACAUUUCGUUUAGUGACCCGGAGGACUUUGAGGAAGACAUCACAGAAGAGGAGUUGCUUGGCGAUAUCUUGCAAGAACAGCCACAUGAAGCGGAUGGCAUCGACUCGGUCGUUUUGGUGGAUAACGUCCCUCAGGUUGGACCCGACCGUUUAGAGAAGCUGAAAAAUGUAAUCAACAAGAUUUUCUCCAAGUUUGGAAAGAUCACGAAUGAGUACUACCCAGACAUAGAAGGAACUACUAAAGGGUAUAUUUUCUUGGAGUAUGCAUUACCAGCCCAGGCUCAGGAUGCAGUAAAGAAUGCAGAUGGCUACAAGUUGGACAAGCAGCACACCUUUAGAGUAAACAUUUUCACAGACUUUGAUAAAUAUAUGGCCAUUGGUGAUGAGUGGGAGGUUCCUGAGAAACAGCCAUUUAAAGACUUUGGUAACCUUCGGUCUUGGCUUGAAGAUCAAGACUGCCGUGAUCAGUUCAGUGUUAUAUAUGAGGCAGGUGACAGAACGACCAUAUUCUGGACUGAUGUGAAAGAUCCAGUUCCUGUUGAGGAGAGACCUCGAUGGACUGAAACAUAUGUUCGCUGGUCUCCAAGAGGAAUCUACUUGGCUACCUUCCAUCAGAGAGGUAUUGCUUUGUGGGGAGGAGAGAAAUUUAAGCAGAUUCAGAGGUUCAGCCAUCAAGGGGUACAACUCAUUGACUUUUCUCCUUGUGAGAGGUAUCUUGUUUCUUUUAGCCCUCUUAUGGACACUAAGGAUGAUCCACAGGCAAUCAUUAUCUGGGACACUCUAACCGGACAGAAAAAGAGAGGAUUCCAUUGUGAAAGUUCAGCUCACUGGCCUAUCUUUAAGUGGAGUCACGAUGGCAAAUUCUUUGCCCGAAUGACACUAGAUACGCUCAGUAUUUAUGAAACCCCUUCAAUGGGUUUGCUGGAUAAGAAGAGUUUGAAGAUUACCGGAAUAAAAGAUUUCUCCUGGUCCCCUGGGGGUAAUAUCAUAGCAUUUUGGGUUCCAGAAGACAAAGAUAUUCCUGCUAGAGUGACCUUAAUGCAGCUUCCAUCAAGGCAAGAGAUCAGAGUCAGAAACCUUUUCAAUGUGGUUGACUGCAAGCUUCACUGGCAGAAGAACGGAGAUUACCUCUGUGUGAAGGUGGAUAGGACACCAAAGGGAACUCAGGGUGUGGUGACAAAUUUUGAGAUAUUCAGAAUGAGAGAGAAACAAGUUCCAGUGGAUGUGGUUGAAAUGAAAGAUGGCAUCAUUGCUUUUGCCUGGGAGCCCAAUGGAAGCAAGUUUGCCGUGCUCCAUGGAGAAGUCCCUCGGAUAUCAGUAACUUUCUACCAUGUCAAGAACAAUGGCAAGAUUGAGCUUAUAAAGACGUAUGACAAACAACAAGCUAACACAAUCUUCUGGAGUCCGCAGGGACAGUUCUUGGUCUUGGCAGGAUUGAGAAGCAUGAAUGGUGCCCUAGCCUUUGUUGACACCUCAGACUGCACCAUCAUGAAUAUUGCAGAGCAUUAUACAGCCUCCGAUGUCGAAUGGGACCCAACAGGCCGUUACGUUGUCACAUCUGUGUCCUGGUGGAGCCAUAAAGUGGAUAAUGCAUAUUGGUUGUGGACAUUCCAAGGUCGUCUUCUUCAGAAGAACACUAAAGAUAGAUUCUGUCAGCUUUUGUGGAGACCAAGACCCCCAACUUUGCUGACUGCAGAUGAGAUCAAGACAAUCAAGAAGGAUUUGAAGAAGUACUCAAAAAUAUUUGAACAGAAAGAUCGAUUGAGUCAAACUAAGGCUUCAAAGGAACUGGUUGAACGCAGAAGAACCAUGAUGGAAGAAUACAAGCAAUACCGUGAGCAGGCACACAAUUUAUACUUGUCACAGAAAGAUGCCCGUCUGGAACUCAGAGGAGGUGUGGAUACAGAUGCGUUGGACAGUAAUAUUGAUGACUGGGAGGAGGAGACCAUUGAAUUCUUUGUCACUGAAGAAAUUAUUUAUUUGGAAGAGUAAUUGAUUAACGUUACAGAUUGUCCUCCCUGGCAUCAGCAAUUGUUCUCUACAAAAAUACACGACUCCCAAGAUUCUGUCUUAGUCCUCCCGCGACCGUGAAUGGGACAUUACAUCAUUCCUUUCCGAAGUUGUGCCUUUAAUCUUCUCCAGGAGAUCUUUUUAAAGAGCGCUACUUUUAAAUUGAAUACUCUGUACCACCACUAAAUCCAUCUAGCGAAGGAAACUGCUGCUGGUACUCUGAGUCACUUUGUCUCGCCAUGACUCUGCUUCCCGACGCUCGAUGCAUGUUGAUUCAGCUUGCCAAGAGCCUUUUCUACUUCCCUACUGAGAGGACAGUCAACUGUUCUUACUGGCGAAAGAGUUACAACAAUAUACUUCUACUUGCUACAUCUUUUAGUGUGCUGAACCAGCACUACAGUGGACUGUACCCUCCUCCAUUCAGAUUGCGACUUUGCAGGAUGAAAGAUGGAAUUUAAAGUAAACAUAUAUUUAAAAUA